UCAUGGUUCGUAUGUUUCCAGGUCCUUCAUGAUGAGCUAUUUGGGACACUCCUCUCUCUGUGUAGUUGAUAAGACGUCUGGUUGGUGAAGAGAUGGCAGACAGUGUCAGAACCUUUCUCCAGGACCUUGGCAGGGGAAUCAAAGACUCCAUCUGGGGCAUUUGUACCAUCUCAAAGAUAGAUGCUCGAAUCCAGCAGAAGAGAGAGGAGCAGCGUCGAAGAAGGGCUAGUAGUGUCUUGGCUCAGAGGAGAACCCAGAGUAUAGAGCGGAAGAAAGAAAGUGAGUCAUGUAUUGCUAGAAGAAUUUUCCAGUGCUGUGCUUGGAAUGGUGGAGUAUUCUGGUUAAGUCUCCUCUUGUUUUAUCGAGUAUUUAUUCCUGUGCUUCAGUCAGUAACAGCCCGGAUUAUUGGUGAUCCAUCCCUGCAUGGAGACAUUUGGUCUUGGCUGGAAUUCUUCCUCACGUCGGUGUUCAGCGCUCUUUGGGUGCUCCCCCUGUUUGUGCUCAGCAAAAUUGUGAAUGCCAUUUGGUUUCAAGAUAUAGCUGACCUGGCAUUUGAGGUAUCGGGGAGAAAGCCUCAACCAUUCCCCAGCGUCAGCAAAAUAAUUGCUGACAUGCUCUUCAACCUUUUGCUGCAGGCUCUUUUCCUUAUCCAGGGGAUGUUUGUGAGUCUCUUUCCCAUUCAUCUUGUUGGUCAGCUGGUCAGUCUGUUGCAUAUGUCCCUUCUCUACUCACUGUACUGCUUCGAGUAUCGUUGGUUCAAUAAAGGAAUUGAAAUGCAUCAGCGGUUGUCAAACAUAGAAAGGAAUUGGCCUUACUACUUUGGAUUUGGUCUGCCCUUGGCUUUCCUCACAGCAAUGCAGUCCUCGUAUAUUAUCAGUGGCUGCCUCUUCUCUAUCCUUUUUCCUUUAUUCAUCAUCAGCGCCAAUGAAGCAAAGACCCCUGGAAAAGCAUACCUUUUCCAGUUGCGCCUCUUCUCCUUGGUGGUCUUCUUAAGCAACAGACUCUUCCAUAAGACAGUCUAUCUGCAGUCUGCGCUGAGCAGCUCCACCUCUGCAGAGAAGUUCCCCUCACCGCAUCCAUCUCCUGCCAAACUGAAGGCUGCUGCAGGCCACUGAGUCACCUGCCGUCCAGGGGCGAUGGGUGGGGUUGGAGGGAGGCUGUGGCAGCUCUUUUCUCUAUUCUCCUUCCCUGGCCAGGAAAGGCAGGGCCCAUUCUGCCAAGGGUCCUCAGCGUAUUCCCUUCUCUUUGAAGAAUUGGAAUUUUUGUCUCUGGUGCAUGUAGGGCAGAAUCUUCCCGACACCAGUGCGUGGAUUUUUAACACCAUCAUGAGUCUGAAUGGACCACAGGUUUUUCUGUAGCUGUUUUCUAGCAUUUGCCAGCCCCUGUGCCUGGACUGAUUGGAAUACUUUGGUUUUUUCCCCUGUGCCAUUUACCCUCCUCUGUCCUUUCUGCCUUCUAGCCCCUUUGGAUGAAUGAGUUUUGUAAUUCUAGCUGUUGUAUUUUGUGGAUUUGUUAUUUUUGUUUUUCUGUGAAGCACAUACAUUGGAUGUGGGAGGAAAAGGAGUACAUUGUCUCAGUUGCUCCUGCUCACUCCCGUUAUAGCCAUCACUGUCUUGUUUCUCGUAACUCAGGUUAGGUUUUGGUCUCUCUUGCUCUACUGCAAAAAAGAAAAAAAGAGCUUGAAGAGAUAGGACAGAAGGAAAGACCUCACAGCCAGAUCAGCUAGGUUUUGAGGAAUAAUUUUCUUUCUUCCCCUUGAAGGGGAAAAGGCUUUUCUUUCACUGGUACAUUUAAAGCUCCCCAGCUGUGGGGAGGUACCGAUUCUGGACAAGUGCCACCGCAACAGAGAAUGCCCAGAGAACCUGAACUUUUCAGCUCUGAAGGGUGGAAAUUUACUGUUGGCCACUGCCGUGUCUCACUGGUAUUUCAAAGGAAUAUUGGGUGCUGCAAAUAGGAACUGAAGGGGUAUACUUAUUAAACCCAUUAAACCUGUGAGUGGUGAUGUUUUUUGUCCUUUUAAGAGACUAAAUAUGGGGAGGGAGGGCGGAUGUCAAAACACUUGUAAAAUUUUAAAAUGUCACAAUUAAACGUAAGCUGGCUUCCCAGAA